GGUAGCUGAAAAACGUUCUUAUUGAUUUCUUGCGUAAAUAUUUAAUUAUCAGAGGAUGGCAAAACUUGGCAAUUUUGGCGCUAAUUUUUUUAUUUGAAAAAAAAAAACAUUGUUAAUAUUAACCUCGAAAACGCCGCCGUUGGUUUGAACAAUAACAAAGCGCAGAAACCAAAAAUGUCCGGAAGCAAAAUUGAGUUCUCCACCAUUACAACCGACGAGUAUAAGAAACUAACGGAAUUCGAAAUAAUCUAUGGAGUUGUGGAAUCUCAGUUUGGGCAUUGCUUAAUUGCAUUGAAUAAUGAAAGUAUCUGCUACAUGUCUCUGUUUGAUGAAGGUAAAGAGAACAGUGCCAUUGAUCAUUUGACAAAGGAUUGGCCUAAUGCUACACUCCGAGAGGACAACAAGAAAAUUGAGGAAGUAUCGAAGGGGAUCUUUGAGAGCAACUCUGCUAGACUCAAUGUCCUUCUCAGGGGUACAGAGUUGCAAUGCAAUGUUUGGAAAGAACUGACAAAUUUGAAGGAGGGCAUGACAGCAAGCUAUGAGCAAAUUGCUAAAGCUGUUGGAAAUCCAAAGGCCAUUCGAGCUGUGGCAAGUGCCAUAGCUAAAAACAAAAUUGCAUAUCUGAUUCCAUGUCAUAGAGUUAUAAGAAAAACUGGUGCACCCAACAAGUAUCGCUGGGGACCAGAGAGAAAAAUCCAAAUUCUGAAAUUGGAAUCGAAAAAGUAAAUUGUUUUUGUUUUUAAUUGUGUAUUUAUGUAAACUUAAUUCAAUAAAAUAUUCCUAAUUUGA